GCACAUACAUAGCGACAGAACCAAAAAGUAUUAGAACGGCUCCCCCAAAAAAACUAGCUAUUUGAUGAUGCACACGGACGUUGUGAGCUGCAGUCCUCCGCCGUUUGUAACCGGUGAGGCGUCCUCUGCGCGGCGGCUGCCACCGUCUCACAUGCCGGUGCCCGUCGAUCCAGUCACCUCUCUGCAGCACCUCGAGGAGGACGUACAGCGCGACGUGACAGCUGCACAGCAACGUUCAAGACUACUUCAAGAAGAGGUGGACUCACUGCUCGCUCGCAUCGCAGAAGCACAGGAGUCGUCGGCAGCCGAGCAGGGUGACAACGAUCCUGUUGCGCAACGCGUGGAGGCGAUUCGCCGCCGUCGGCAAGAAUAA